AUGGCAAUGACAAUGGAUGGGCUGCCAGACAAGUUCUUUGAGUCCCUUAUCAUGGAAGACAUUAAAGUUGAUCUCCUUGAACCCGGUCGUACUGUUUGCUCCUUCAAAGUACCCCCUCGUUUACUGAAGGGAGGCAAUUUCAUGCAUGGUGGAGUCUAUGCUUACCCUGGUGAGGAAGUUGAGAUUGAGGCCAAGGCUUUACGAGUUUAG